GCAAAAACUUUCUGUAGGCAGUAGGGAGUUUUCUGCUGGGGUCUGGAUUGGAGAUACAGAAGACCGGACCCUACCUUGUAUGAUUGGAGUCUAAAGGAAAACAAAGAACUUUCCCUUGCCUCAAAGAGUCUACAUGUCUAAUAUUUAGACAUGUUCAGCUUUGUGGAUAUUCGGUUAGCGCUGUUGCUCGGCGCAACAGUGCUUGUGGCAAGAGGACAAGGCGAGGACGAUCGCGCCGGCGGCAGCUGUACGUUGGACGGUCAGGUCUACAACGAUAGAGAUGUCUGGAAACCAGAGCCAUGCCAAAUCUGCGUCUGUGACAGCGGCACCGUCAUGUGCGACGAGGUUAUCUGCGAGGACACAUCUGACUGCCCCAAUCCAGUGAUCCCCCACGACGAAUGCUGCCCCAUCUGCCCCGAUGAUGGCUUCGAGGAUCAAGGACAAGUUGAGGGACCCAAGGGAGACCGCGGAGCCAAGGGAGACAGAGGUCUUCCUGGUUUGCCCGGUAACGAUGGAAUCCCCGGCCAGCCUGGCCUGCCUGGACCCCCAGGCCCCCCUGGCCCCCCAGGCCUUGGCGGAAACUUUUCUCCUCAGAUGUCUGGUGGUUUUGAUGAGAAGUCUGGUGCCAUGCCUGUGCCAGGCCCAAUGGGUCCCCUGGGUCCCCGUGGCCCUCCUGGAUCUCCUGGUGCUAGCGGACCUCAAGGUUUUACGGGUCCCCCAGGUGAGCCUGGAGAGGCUGGUGCUUCUGGUCCCAUGGGUCCUCGUGGAGCUGCUGGACCACCAGGGAAGAACGGAGAGGAUGGUGAGUCUGGCAAGCCUGGUCGUGGAGGCGAGCGCGGACCCUCCGGCCCUCAGGGAGCUCGUGGAUUCCCCGGAACCCCCGGUCUGCCCGGCAUCAAGGGACACAGAGGAUUCAGCGGUCUGGAUGGAGCCAAGGGAGACGGUGGCCCCGCUGGUCCCAAGGGAGAGGGUGGUUCACCUGGUGAGAACGGAACUCCCGGAGCCAUGGGUCCCCGUGGUCUUCCUGGUGAGAGAGGCCGUGCCGGUCCCAACGGAGCUGCUGGUGCCCGUGGUAAUGAUGGUGCUGCUGGUGCUGCCGGACCCCCUGGCCCCACCGGUCCUUCAGGUCCCGCUGGAUUCCCCGGUGGCCCCGGAGCCAAGGGAGAGGUUGGUGCCCAGGGUGCCCGUGGCUCCGAGGGGCCCCAGGGAUCCCGUGGAGAGGCUGGGAACCCCGGACCAGCUGGCGCUGCUGGACCUUCCGGUAACAACGGAGCCGAUGGAAAUCCUGGUGGCAAGGGUGCCCCUGGUGCUGCUGGUAUUGCUGGAGCCCCCGGCUUCCCCGGCCCCCGUGGCCCCCCCGGAGCUUCAGGAGCUGGAGGAGCCCCCGGCCCCAAGGGAAACACUGGUGAGGUUGGUGCCCCCGGUGCCAAGGGUGAGGCUGGAGCCAAGGGAGAGGGUGGUGCCCCAGGAGUGCAGGGACCCCCCGGCGCUGCAGGAGAGGAGGGCAAGAGAGGUGCCCGUGGAGAGCCCGGCGGUGCUGGUGGCCGAGGAGCCCCCGGAGAGCGCGGUGCCCCUGGUAGCCGUGGUUUCCCUGGUGCUGAUGGAGCUGGUGGCCCCAAAGGUGCCACUGGUGAGCGUGGAUCUCCCGGCGUGGUCGGAGCCAAGGGCUCAACCGGUGAGCCUGGUCGCAACGGAGAGGCUGGCAUGCCUGGAUCUAAGGGUAUGACUGGUAGCCCUGGCAGCCCUGGACCUGAUGGCAAGACUGGACCUGUUGGUGCAUCUGGUCAAGAUGGCCGCCCCGGACCCCCAGGCCCCGUCGGAGCCAGAGGCCAGCCCGGAGUCAUGGGAUUCCCCGGACCCAAGGGAACCGCUGGUGAGGGAGGCAAGCCUGGAGAGAGAGGAGUGAUGGGACCCACCGGCGCUGUUGGUGCCCCUGGGAAAGACGGCGACGUCGGCGCUCCUGGUGCCCCCGGACCUGCCGGACCCGCUGGAGAGAGAGGAGAGCAGGGAGCUGGUGGCCCCGCCGGAUUCCAGGGUCUCCCCGGACCCCAAGGAGCCAUCGGAGAGUCUGGAAAACCCGGAGAGCAGGGUCUGCCCGGCGAAGGUGGUGCCCCCGGACCUGCUGGAUCCAGAGGCGACAGAGGUUUCCCCGGUGAGCGUGGAGCCCCUGGCCCAGCUGGACCCGCCGGUGCCCGCGGAUCUCCCGGCUCUGCCGGAAACGACGGAGCCAAGGGCGAGGCUGGUGCUGCUGGUGCACCCGGAGCCCAGGGACCCCCUGGUCUGCAGGGCAUGCCUGGUGAACGCGGAGCCGCUGGCCUGCCCGGACUCAAGGGAGACAGAGGAGACCAAGGCGGCAAGGGUGCUGAUGGUGCCCCUGGUAAGGAUGGCAUCCGAGGCAUGACCGGCCCCAUCGGACCCCCCGGCCCCGGUGGAGCUCCAGGAGACAAGGGAGAGGGAGGCCCUGCCGGCGCAGUGGGCCCUACUGGUGCUCGUGGUGCCCCUGGUGAGCGUGGUGAGGCUGGUGCUUCUGGACCCGCUGGAUUCGCUGGACCACCCGGCGCUGACGGCCAGCCCGGUGCUAAGGGAGAGAGCGGAGAUAACGGUGCUAAGGGCGAGACUGGGGCCCCCGGCCCCGCUGGUGCUACUGGACCCGCUGGACCACAGGGACCCGUUGGAAACACCGGAGCCAAGGGAGCACGCGGUGCCGCCGGACCCCCUGGUGCAACUGGUUUCCCCGGUGCUGCUGGCCGAGUUGGACCUCCUGGCCCAUCUGGCAACAGCGGACCCCCAGGACCCUCCGGACCCUCCGGCAAGGAGGGCCAGAAGGGUAACCGCGGAGAGACCGGUCCCGCCGGCCGCCCCGGUGAGGUCGGAGCUUCAGGACCCCCAGGCGCCCAGGGAGAGAAGGGUAACCCCGGAGGAGAGGGGGCUCCUGGCUCCGCUGGUAUCCCCGGCCCACACGGUAUCGCCGGCCAGCGUGGUAUCGUCGGUCUGCCCGGACAGAGAGGAGAGCGCGGAUUCCCAGGCCUCGCCGGAGUCUCCGGAGAGCCAGGGAAGCAGGGACCCGGAGGUCCAUCAGGCGAGCGUGGCCCCCCAGGCCCCAUGGGACCCCCUGGACUGGCCGGAGCCCCUGGAGAGGCGGGACGCGAGGGAGGCCCCGGUAACGAGGGAGCUGCCGGUCGCGACGGUGCUGCUGGACCCAAGGGAGACCGUGGUGAGAGUGGCGUUGCUGGUGCUUCCGGUGCCCCUGGACCCCCUGGUGCCCCCGGCCCCGUCGGCCCCGCUGGAAAGUCUGGUGACCGUGGAGAGUCUGGUCCUGCCGGCCCUGCUGGCAUCGCUGGUCCUGCUGGUCCUCGUGGCCCUGCCGGAUCUGCUGGAGGCCGUGGAGACAAGGGAGAGACCGGCGAGGCUGGAGAGAGAGGCAUGAAGGGACACCGUGGAUUCACCGGCAUGCAGGGACCACCCGGACCCGCUGGACCCUCCGGAGAGCAAGGACCCGCUGGAUCCUCCGGCCCUGCUGGACCCAGAGGACCUUCUGGUUCUGCUGGAGCCGGUGGUAAGGAUGGGAUGAGCGGUCUGCCCGGCCCAACCGGACCCCCUGGACCCCGUGGUCGCAGUGGAGAGAUGGGACCUGCCGGACCCACCGGCCCCCCCGGACCCCCAGGACCUCCCGGCCCCCCCGGAGGCGGAUUCGACAUGGGCUUCAUCUCUCAGCCCGCCCAGGAGAAGGCCCCCGAUCCCUUCCGCAUGUUCCGCGCCGACGACGCCAACGUGAUGCGCGACCGCGACCUGGAGGUGGACUCCACCCUGAAGAGCCUGAGCCAGCAGAUCGAGAACAUCCGCAGCCCCGACGGCACCAGGAAGAACCCCGCCCGCACCUGCCGCGACCUCAAGAUGUGCCACCCCGACUGGAAGAGCGGUCAGUACUGGAUCGACCCCGACCAGGGCUGCACACAGGACGCCAUCAAGGUCUACUGCAACAUGGAGACUGGAGAGACGUGCGUCAACCCAAGCCAGGCUGAUGUCCCCAAGAAGAGCUGGUACGCCAGCAAGAACAUCAAGGAGAAGAAGCACGUGUGGUUCGGAGAGGCCAUGACCGACGGCUUCCAGUUUGAGUACGGCAGCGAAGGCUCCAAGCCUGAGGAUGUCAACAUCCAGCUGACCUUCCUGCGCCUGAUGGCCACCGAGGCCAGCCAGAACAUCACCUACCACUGCAAGAACAGCAUCGCCUACAUGGACCAGGCCAGCGGCAACCUGAAGAAGGCUCUGCUGCUGCAAGGCUCCAACGAGAUCGAGAUCCGGGCCGAGGGCAACAGCCGCUUCACCUACAGCGUCACCGAGGACGGCUGCACGUCGCACACUGGUGCAUGGGGCAAGACAGUCAUCGACUACAAGACAACGAAAACAGCUCGUCUCCCAAUUAUUGACAUCGCUCCUAUGGACGUUGGUGCUCCCAACCAGGAAUUUGGCAUCGAAGUUGGCCCUGUCUGCUUCUUGUAAAACACAAAUCUGGACUUGAAAUUGUGUGUGUGUAUGUGUGUUUUUUUUUUCUAGCAGUCAUCUCUCUAAAACAAACCUUUUCUAUGCAUUUUAUUUCAAAAACACCCACCUAGAAUUUCAUUUGGCCGUUCAAAUGGUCCACUUGCCUAAAACUGCACAGAGGACAGAGGUCAGAGGUCGUGUGUUGUCAAGCUGAUUUUUUUGGGACCACUAUUUUACCACCAUCUACACACCAAGGAUACUUUAGAAGACAUUUGUUUCACUGGCAACAAGAAAAUAAUAUAUACUUAUAACGUGUAAAAUCUCUCCCCUACUCCUUGGAGUUAACAGACAACAACAUCACGAAACAGGUGACUUUUUUUUACCACUGCGGAAGGACAAUGAAAAACAAAAAGAGAAAUCCAAUGCUUUGUACCACUUUCAGGUGUUGAAUAAAUGGUCAAACUGACAGUGAAGUGUCUCGUUGUUGUGCCCACCUGGUCGAGCGGUUGUCGUGGUUAUUCUGUCGCCAAGUCACAUCAAGUAGGCUAGCAACAUCAGCAGAAACAUGGGUUUGACGUCUUUUUUUUAUAUCUAAUGGCUACCUCAAACAGGAAAUCCACCUUACCCAGUGUUGGUUGACCCCACACGGUUAGAUUUUACACAGCAGAAGUAUGGUUGAAAGAGACAGCUGAAAUAGGUGCUAUUCUUAAUGAGGUCCUUGCUGCCACGGGUGAUGGUAUUGUGCUAAUGUGUCGUUGUCAUUCUUGUGUGCAGGGCCUUCGGUGCUAAAGUACAACGUUAUCUUGUCCAGUCGUAACAGAUGCUUCUGAGGCGAUGGUGAGCCUGAGGGAGGGUUACUGUAGUUGCGAGACGCACAGCCCUGUCGGGUGUAGCUAGCGGGUGGACUCGUUGAGUCUGUUUACCAUCCUUUUAGACACUUUUUGGUUGUUGUUUUUUAUUUUUUUGUCCCCCCCAUUACUUUUUUUUUUGUCCAAUUGCUUUGAGCAGUUCUCCUUUUUCUUCCCCUAACUGUCCUAGGUUUUUUUUCUUUUUUCUUUUUUUUUUGGUUUUCAUGUUAUUUUUUUGCAAAGGGUUUUUGACCAUUUGAAAAGAGAAAAAUAGAACAAAAUCAUGACAUUACGAGAGAAGCAGAUGGCUUUGGGGAAUUAAAACAAGAGGAUCUGUACCUAUUUUGUAUAUGUAUAAUAAUUUGAGAUGUUUUUAAUUAUUUUGAAUGCUGAAAUAAAGCAUGUUAAGUGGUCUA